UUUAUUGAAUUAACUUCCUAACCCACACGUGACUACUUUCUUUAUAUACGACGGAUUCAUAAUAACUAUCACCGUUCUCUCUUUGGCAUACUUUUAUAUAGCACAUUCUUCGUAGUUACUGAUGGCAACAGAAGAGGCUACUUCUUACCAUGUGGGUGGCUGGUUUCACAUGAUCGUUUGACGGAAAGUACAAAUUAAUCGGUACAAACAAAACUGUAAAGCAGCACGUAUCAUUUAUUGACAUUCCACUCCAGUAAUCGAGAAUGAAAGACUUCUUAGAAGAGAAAUUAUUCAGUGCCAAAGACUCUCCUGGGAUUUUUUGUUGAUAGUAACAAAACAUAUACAUAACCAAUGCCAGAGAUUGUCUUUAAGUUCGUUGGUGAAAGGCUCUAACAAAUUAGAAUAUAUAAUCUUACAUUUAUUAACUUGGGUAAAAUGUACGCGUGUUGCCUGAAGAUGGGUUUCCGUAGAAAGACGUGGACACUGCCGGAUGAUGAAGAGCAGGAACUUAAAGAUGAAAUCGCAGAAGUUGCUGAGAAAACAAAUAUUGAAGACGAAAGUGAUAAUACAAACACGGAAGAGUAUUUAUUAACUGGGAAAAAGAACUUCAGUAUGGACCCUAAAAAGGAACUUCGAGAGGAAAUCGCAAAUGUUGUUGAGACAAUAGGGAUUCAACAAGAAAGCAAAACAACAACGGAAGAAAAACACUUAUCAAUUGGGAAAAAGAAAUUCAAUAUGGACCCUAAAAAGGGAAUUGAGUAUCUAAUAGCUCAAGGUCAACUUGAUGAUUCUCCUCAAGAUAUAGCUCGGUUUCUCUACAAAGGUGAAGGUUUAAGCAAAACUGCAGUAGGAGAGUAUUUAGGAGAGAGGGACGACUUCAAUAUCAAAGUACUGGAUGCAUUUAUUGAACUCCAUGAUUUCGCAAACUUGAUCCUUGUACAAGCACUCAGGCAGUUUCUAUGGAGCUUUCAUCUACCAGGAGAAGCUCAGAAAAUUGAUAGAAUGAUGGAAAAGUUUGCUCAGCAUUAUUUUCAUUUAAAUGCUGGAGUUUUCCAUAACCCUGACACGUGUUACGUGCUUUCCUUUGCUGUAAUCAUGUUAAAUACAUCACUUCACAAUCCAAGUGUCAAGGAGAAACCGUCAGUGGAACAGUUUAUCAACAUGAACAGGGGGAUUAAUGAUGGUGGUGAUAUGCCUGAAGAGUUGUUGGUGGUAAGUAACCGUACUUGUCACAGUGACGUGAAG